AGACAGUAACUCUUCACCUUAAACCAAUGGCAGAAGUUGUUGGUCCAAGGUCUUUCUACUUUCCACCCCAGUGACGCGCACCUUGGCUGCCGAGAGUAACUCACAAUUCUUUGAGUAUAUUUACUGGGUCAUUUCGUCUCGGUGCUCAUCUUUUCCUGUCAAAACGAUGACGGAAGGGAGAAAAACAGGCCGUCGGCGCUGCCGGUGAUACUAAGGCAGCGUCGUCGGCUGCACCCGCCAAGGUUAGGGAAGUGUUUCAACGAGCGGGGAAUUUAGCCCUGGAGCCCGGCAAGGCGAUGGGGAAGGUAGCCAAGAAGAGCGUACAGCGGGCCGGACGAGUGGUGAAUACCGUGAUGCCAGGUAUCAAUAGGCACGGCCAUAAGACAACCGAGGAGGAAUACGAUUCUCUGAAUUUGAAAGGCAAGGCAUCCACACACCAUGACCUAGUUGAGUCGGAAAGGGAGUCUGCAACAUCUCCUGUUCAUGAAGCUUAUGGAACGUUUCAAGAGAAAAAGCUACCUUUUGCUUCUGAUAUUUCUGUUAUCUCCAGUUCGGAGACUGUUAUGGUUGGUCCGGUCCUUGGCGUUUUGACAUCGGACUCCACGUUACUAUUAGUUUUGGCAGUCGCUGCGUCUGCGUAUCCAACGUGCAUGCAAUGGUCAUCAGUACGGGCGAACGAAAUGCCGUUUUCGGUAGUAGCGAGUUGGCUACUGGUAGCAUUCCUGACGGGUCGCCUCUUUUCUCCGCAAAAUGGUACUUCGGCGCAUUGGAUGCUGGGCAGUAGUAGUGCAAAUUGCAAGGAGGAACACAUGUCGCAUACCCCCUCCGAAAUAUUCAUUGAAGAGUACGUAUUGGAGAGAACGCCAUUGCCCGACAACAACGCAACUGGUCAUUCUCUGUUAUUCUCGGUAGUUCGUAUGGCGUCCGGACGGAAGAAAAAAUUGUCAUUCCGACAUAAUGCCGGUGGCGCAAUAUCGUCGUGGAAAAAGCGAAGGAGCUGGACGAGUUUGAACCCAAAUCGUCUAAAAAAACAAUGGGAAGAAUCCGCCGAUCCUACAAAGGACAAAGCGAGUACACAGCUUAUGAAAGCACUGUUAGCAAACGGAAAGUUCCCACGCAUUCGUAGGCUUUCCGUGAGCUCUGAAAUUGAGAUACCUGCGAUGGCUAAUCAAGGCGACAGCGUAUCAGCCAUGAACAGCGUCGAAGCCUCACUUGGAGCUGUCGAUCUUGGUGAUGCCAUUGCGGAUUCUCUCAACGAUUUUGUCGUUGCACCUAUACUACACCUUCGUGGUAUGGAUGUCUUUUUGACGGAAAACGCAGAAACUGAUAUCAGCACACAUCCCUGGCUUAUAAAGGAAGGACUUCGGGACGUUCCAACGCUGAUUGUUAACGUAGUCACUCAAUGGGGAAAUAUACUGGUCUACUUUGAAAUGCCACAUUGGAUCAAUGAUUGGGACACGGUACGGGAGCGAGAUUCAGAUCCCGAUGAUAUUAAAGCCUUCAAGCGAUUUUUGCUGGGCGAUACGAAAUACCGCAACGAACGACUCAAGAUAAUCCCUUCCGUCGUCGACGCUCCCGGCGCGGUUAAGCUAGUGGCACCGGCGAAGAGGGAGAUCCCAAUUCAUUCGGAGGGCUUCCUCCCUGUAAGCUGGCGCAUGCACAACCGAGAGAAGACGCCAGAAGGGCGCGUUCUUUGUCCUACAAUCGAAUGCGAGCUCGAUUGUAUGACGAGUAGGGCUAUACGGGGCAUGGCGGGCUUAGUCAAGCGAAAUCUCAAGAAACUGGCCAUUGAUUGUGCAGUGAUUAUUGGGAACCCUGUCAAAUCUAAAACAAAAGAAGAGCCAGAAGCGUGUCUAGGUCUCUGGCGGUUCAACCACGUAGACAUUUCAGAAUGUCCCGCUUUUCCGAAGCGACAUGACCAUCAAGCUGGACUUGCUCAACCGGAAUGA